AUGAUCUUGUCCAGAAAGAAGCCACUUGGUCGAUCAAGCGACAAAUGUGUCUCUGAUGAUUUACAAAGAUGGAAAGAAGUUCCUAAGCUAGAGGAAUUCCUCAGUGCCAGAGAUUUUGUCGGUGCGAUUACGCUCCUUGAAUUCGAACGACACACGGACAAACCGAAAAAGGAUAUCGAGUUGUGGAUUGCGUACUGUUAUUUUCAUCUUGGGGACUACAAGCACGCUGCUGAAGAGUACAAAAGACUCCUUUCUGACAACAAACUUGCUCCAACCAUUCGAACUUAUUUGGCAUGUUGCUACUUCUUCAUGGGAAUGUACAAAGAAGCGCAAGAAGAAGCUAACCGAGCUUCGCAAUGCCGCCUGCAAAAUAGGUUGCUUCUUCACAUCGCUCACAAAAUGAACGACGAAAGAGACCUUCUUACCCACCAUAAUAGACUUUGUGAGACCCUAGAGGAUCAGCUCUCCCUCGCCUCCAUCCACUGUCUUCGUAAUCACCACCAAGAAGCGAUUGAUAUAUAUAAAAGAAUUAUGAUGGAGAACCGUGACUACUUGGCUCUUAACGUCUACCUCGGUUUGUGCUACUACAAAAUUGACUAUUACGACGUAGCACAGGAAGUGCUUGCCCUGUACUUACAACACUACCCUGAUAGCCCCACAGCUAUCAACCUACGAGCAUGCAUCAACUACCGCCUCUACAACGGAAAAAUAGCAGCUUCUGAGUUAAAGAAUCUCCAAGAGUCUUCCUCUCCAUGCCUAUCUUAUGCCAAAGACUUGAUUAACCACAAUCUUGUUGUCUUCAGAAAUGGCGAGGGUGCAAUGCAAGUACUGCCCCCCCUAAUUGAUGUGCUGCCAGAAGCCAGAUUGAAUCUCAUCAUCCAUCACCUGCGACAUGAGGACAUUGAAUCAGCGUAUGAAUUGGUGAGUGAUAUGGAUCCCACCACACCGCAAGAGUACGUGCUGAAAGCGAUAGUCAAUGCCGUGAUCGGACAGGAAACUGCCUCCCGCGAGCAUCUUAAACUGGCUCAACAGCACUUCCAAUUAGUUGGUGGGUCUGCGAGUGAGUGCGACACAAUUUCAGGUCGCCAGUGUAUGGCUUCUUGCUUCUUCCUCCUUCACCAAUUCGAUAGCGCCAUUAUUUAUCUUAACUCCAUCCAAUCCUACUUCUACAACGACGACACCUUCAACUUCAACUACGGUCAAGCAAAGGCCGCUGUUGGAGCUUACAAGGAGGCACAGGAGUUGUUUCUACUCAUUCAGUCAGAGAAAAUACGAAACGAUUACGUCUACCUCAGUUGGCUGGCAAGGUGCUACAUUAUGAAUAAGAAACCGCGUUCUGCGUGGGAGCUUUACCUUAAGAUGGAGACCUCUGCAGAGUCCUUCAGUCUGCUCCAUCUCAUCGCCAACGAUUGCUACCGGAUGGCCCAGUUCUACUACGCGGCAAAAGCAUUCGACGUACUGGAGCGGUUGGACCUCAAUCCAGAAUACUGGGAGGGUAAGAGAGGCGCUUGCAUAGGGGUCUUCCAACUCAUAAUCGACGGUCAAGAGCCCAAGGAGACGCUACGAGAAAUCCUACAGAUUCUUCGCAACACGAACAACGCACAAACAGACUACUUUAUUCGCAUCAUGAAGAAGUGGGCCAAUGAGCACUCUGUCAGUGUGUAA